AUGGGUCUCUUCCAUCACCACCACGAUCACCAUAAGGAGGGCGGUGGCCCCGGCGGCCCCGGCGGCCCUCAGGGAGGCCCUGGUGGUCCCGGUGGUCCUGGUGGCCCUCAUGAAGGCCAUCAUGGAGGCCCUCACGGAGGCCACGGUGGUCCUGGUGGUCCUCAGGGAGGUCAGGGAGGCUUUGGCGGCCCGGGUGGCCCUCAAGGAGGCCAGGGUGGCUUUGGCGGCCCCGGUGGUCCUCAAGGAGGCCAUGGUGGCUUUGGUGGCCCCGGUGGCCCCGGUGGCCCCGGUGGCCCUGGUGGUCCUCAGGGAGGCCCUGGUGGCUUUGGUGGCCCUCACGGCGGCCGGUAA